GUGGUAAAGUCACGGUGCCACGUCGAAGCAACGAUCUCACACUCCUCUAUAAAAAUGUUCCUUCCUUCUGACUGCACUCACUGCAGCAACAACUCACCUCCUAACGCAGCAACAACUCACCUCCUAACGCAGCAACAACUCGCCUCCUAACGCAGAAACAACUCGCCUCCUAACGCAGAAACAACUCGCCUCCUAACGCAGAAACAACUCGCCUCCUAACGCAGAAACAACUCGCCUCCUAACGCAGAAACAACACGCCUCCUAACGCAGCAACAACUCGCCUCCUAACUCAGAAGAAGAAGAAGACGGCUUCAGAGGCUCCAUCGAACAUCUUUCUCCUCCAAAAGAGAUGGCCGGUCUGUGUUGGAUGGUGGUGGCGGUGGCCUUCAGCCUGUCUAUUGGAAACAGUGUGGCUGAGAUUCCGGAUUGGCUGACACAAACUGUGCAAACAAUCAAGAACAGGUACUUCAUACCCAACAUGCAGUUCAGUUUGGCUGCAAACAUCCCAGUGGACCAGAACCAGCUUGAGAAUGCCUUCAAUGCAGACGAUCCUGCCCUUGUGAAAACAAAGCUUGAAAGUGAUGAAGUGUACGAAGGUACCAAUGUGGUUGUAGCAAAACCUAAACAUAUGAUCGGGUAUGAUGAUCAUGCAGAGAACAUUGUACUGGACAAAAUAGGUCCUUUAGUUGCCGGAAGUGAGGGUAAUAGGCUGAUCUUCUAUUCUUACUUUUCUCCAUGUGCUGAUAAGUGUGCAAGCAAGACCCAUCCCUACAGAAUCUUAAAGAAACUUAAAAAAGUCUUUGAUGCCUAUUGGGAAGAUUCUGCUUUUGUGUUUACCAGAGUAUAUGACAUGAAUGGUGACAUUCCUGAGGGCAAUAUUAAAGAGAGCCUUACAAAUCUUGGAAGAUCUGUUCGUCAAAACAACAUAUUCCGUUGCUACACGCCAUACAAAAGUGUAUUCACAUGCAUCAGCUGCUUCAUCGAUGGAAAUCUUGCAGAGGCGUGUUUUAAAAACUAGGCAUUUAAAUGUGUCUAAGCCUCAACAAGGGGCGUAGGGGAGUAGAAGUGAUUGAGGUCCAAUUGAUGGAGAUCCGAACACAAACACAACUGGGUAAAUUGUGUUUUUAAAAAGAUUAUAUAUGCUUAACAACACGCUUUCUCCUUUUAACUAAGCUUAUUGCACCGACACAAACUCUGUAUUUACAGUACUGAUGUCAUUGUACUCUGUAUCUCUGUAAAGCAUUGUUAUGUUUGUUUUUU